UAUAUUUGACACUUUUCAACGAAGUUAGGGUUUAAUUUACGCUUCUCUGAUCUCUCUUCUCUACAAUUCAAUAUGACGAUGUAUGUUCUCUACGAAUCAUCCUCCGGCUACGCUCUGUUCAACGUGCAUGGCAUCAAUGUGAUCGGUCAGAACGUUGAGGCUGUUCUAAGCUCAGUUUCUGACUUUACUCGGUUUGGUCAGAUCGUCAAGCUAACUGCUUUUCACCCUCCCCAGACUGCACAAGAUGCUCUAAACCAAAUCAACGCCAUCUCUGAAGGGUACAUGAGUGAGGAGCUUAGAAGUUUUCUUGAACUGAAUCUCCCUAAAGUCAAAGAAGGCGAAGAGCCUAAGUUUAGCUUAGGAGUAUAUGACCCAAAACUCGGCUCUUGCAUAUCUGAGUGCACAAAGAUUCCUUGUCAGAGCAAUGAGUUUGUCCAAGAGCUUCUUAGAGGUGUUCGUCAGCACUUUGAUAGAUUCAUCAAUGACGUCAAGCCUGGUGAUCUUGAGAAAUCUCAACAUGGAGUAGCUCGUACCUACAGUAGAGCAAAGUUCAAUGAUAACAAAGAGGAUCAUAUGGUUAUUCAAACUAUUUCCUUGCUUGAUACGCUUGAUAAAGAUAUCAACUUGUAUGCUAUGAGUACCAGAGAAUGGUACUCAUGGCACUUCCCUGAGCUUGAAAAGAUAGUUAAUGACAAUUACAUGUAUGCACAAGUUACAAAGAUUGUAGAGGACAAGUCAAAGUUGUCUGAAGCGUAUGUUCCAAUGCUCACCGAAGUCUUUGGCGGGGAUGAAGAUAAAGCAAGGGAGGUCGUUAAGGCCGGACAAGCAUCUUUUGGCCUGGACUUAUCACCAAUAGAUUUGAUCAAUGUCAAGACCUUUGCUAAGGGAGUUAUAGACCUAACCGAUUACAGAAAGCAGCUGUAUGACUACCUUGUUGUUAAAGUCAACAACGUUGCUCCAAACUUGGCUGCAUUGAUUGGUGAGACGGUUGCAGCAAGGUUGAUUUCACACGCUGGAAGUCUUAGAAAUCUUGCAAUGUUCCCAUCUUCAACUCUCCAGAUUGUUGGAGCAGAGAAGGCACUUUCCAGGGCGUUGAGAACUAAAGGAAAGACACCAAAGCAUGGUCUGAUAUUCCACUCUUCAUUCAUUGGCCGAGCAACUGGUAGAAACAAGGGGCGUAUUGCUCGUUUUCUAGCUAGCAAGUGUUCUAUUGCUGCCAGGGUUGAUUAUUUCGGUGAUCAUAGCAGUAGAGAUUUUGGUGAGAAACUUCGUGGACAAGUUGAGGCAAGGCUACAUAGUGUCCAUGUAAUGGAAGAGGCUUUAGAAGAUAGUAUCAGUAAAGAGUUUUCUGAGAAACUUCGUGGACAAUUAGAGGAAAGGCUAGACUCUUUAGACAAUGUCGAUGUAAUGGAAGAGCUUUUAGAAGAUUAUGUCAUGGUUGAUGCCCCUGAAGAGGAAAAGCAAAGCAGCUGAUGAUUCUCAACGCAAGAAGAAAACCAAGGUGGGAAGAUGAUGAAAGCACAUGUUAACAUUCUCUCAUUAUUUUUUUGCUGAACACGUACAAAUUUUUUUUAUUAUAAAUUGUUGUUGUUGAUUGCCAU